AUGUUAUUAUCAUCUUUACUUUUAACUCCCUUAUUAGGUAUACUUGCAAUAUUAAUUAAUAGGGAUAAUGGAGUUUCAUUAAGAAAUAUAAAAUUCAUAGCGUUAACUACAUCUAUCUUAAAUUUCUUUAUCUCAUUAAUUAUCUUUAUUUUAUUUGAUUUUAGUACAAAUCAGUUUCAAUUUGUACAAGAAUAUCAUGAAAUAAGUUAUUUUGACUUUUAUCUAGGUGUAGACGGUCUAUCUAUAUAUUUCAUUCUAUUAACUACUAUUAUUAUUCCUAUCUCACUAGUAUCGAAUUGA